AUCGACCGCCAAGAAACGAACACCAAGAUGCCGUCCAUCCGACCCCUGAGCCCCGAGCUCCAGAAGACCGCCAUUGAGAAGCUGAACGAGGUGCCCAACAAGUUGGACGAUGACAUUGCCGCUCUGAGAGAUUGGAUUAAGCAGCAACCGCACUUGAAAGCCCGCACAGAUGAUCAGUUCCUGGUGAACUUCCUGCGCGGCUGCAAGUUCAGUUUGGAAAGGACCAAGGCCAAGAUCGACAGGUUCUACACACUGCGGACCAAGUACCCCGACUUUUACUUGGGUCACAAUGUGGAUGUAGACAAGGCACUGGAGAUAUUUCGAUUGGGCACCAUCGUGAUUCUGCCACGUCCUCUAAACGAUAAUGGCCCACGUCUGGCUCUACUUCGCUUAGCCAGCUACGAUCCAAGCAAGUACACCUUUCAGCAGGUGAAUCUAGCCGGUGGACUCAUGCAGCAGAUCAUGCUCGAUGAGGAUGAUGAGGCCAUUGUGAAUGGGUUGAUAACCAUUCUGGAUAUGUCCAAUGUCACCACCGGGCACUUCCUGCAGAUGACGCCGUCUUUCGCCAAGAAGAUGACCGUCUUCCAGGAAGAGGCCCUGCCCCUUCGCCCACAGGGAAUCCAUUUCAUCAACACGCCCAGUGGAUUUGACACCAUCUUCAACAUGAUCAAGCCCAUGAUGUCCAAGAAGCAACAGGGACGCCUCUACGUUCAUGGAACCAAAUGGGAAGCCCUCUACAAUCAGAUUCCCAAGAAGUAUUUGCCCGUGGAGUACGGAGGGGAGAACGGAUCCAUUCCGGAGCUGCUGCAGCAGUGGGAGCAGCGUAUUCUGGCCUACCGCAAUUACUGGGAGGAGGAGAAGAACUACGGCACCGAUGAAAGCCUCCGGGUGGGUCAGCCCGUGGACUUCGAGAGUCUCUUUGGAUUGCAGGGCUCCUUCCGGCAAUUGAAUGUGGACUAAAGUGUGCGUCCCUUCGCCAAAUUGCUAAAAAUAGUCUUAGCCGUAGCUCUUAUCUUAGGUAACAGAGGUAAAGGUUGUACAUGAGUUUAACGUGAAUCUAAUCGAUUUUGAUAAGCAUAGCGAUAAGAGCAUAAAAGCAAACUAAAGCUUAACACAGCCUGCAAUAAAGGUAGUUAAUUUUGCAUUCAA